UUGGUUAAAGUUGGCAACUGAAUUUCACCGAGCGAAUAUGGAGCGGCCGAGGUCCAAAUACCCAAUCUUUUGCAAAUUUAGGCAAAGGAAAUCAAUUCUCAUCAAUGAGAUAUUCUCAUAAUCAGAAACGAACACCUGCAGUAAUGGCGGGAAUAUAAGCAUCGAUGGGUUACCAUAUACCUUGAAUCUUCCUCCCGUGGUGAUUCCCUUCUCUUUACUCUUCCCUCCAUCUCUCUCCAGCCGUUGUUUGUCUUUCCACUCCUAGAAACAAACAGCACCCAGUAAAAACAACCCUUCAAUGUAUCAUUCAUUCAAUUCCAACAUCAACUUCCUCCAUUUCUUACCUCUCUGCAAAAAUGUAAAUCACCUCAAGUCUCUCAAGUCUCUUCUUAUCUUGCACGGUCUAAUUGAGCGCAAGGGUUUACUAGGAGAGCUUUUAAAGGCUUGUUUUCAUUUGGGUGCUUUAGAUUUAGCUCUCUCAACCUUCAAUACUAUCAGAAAACCAAGCGUCUUCCUGCAAAAUUUAGUGAUUAGGGGUCUUAGCAAUCAUGGAUUACACGAACACGUUCUGUCUCUAUAUUUGAACUGUCGGAUUUCUGGUUGCCCAUCCGAUCAUUUUACGUUUCCUUUCGUGAUAAAGGCGUCUUCGGCUCUUGGUGCUUUUGGGAUUGGAAAAGAGAUUCAUUGUGCUGUUUUGAGAAGUGGGUAUGGACAAAAUGUUGUUAUCCAGACUGCUUUGGUCGACUUUUAUGCAAAGAAUGGGUAUAUGCGGACUGCAUGCGCACUGGUUGAUAGAAUUCCGCAACCAGACUUGGUUUCUUGGAAUGCUUUGCUUGCUGGGUAUUCUUUUCAUGGGUGUGACCAUAAAUGCUUCCAGAUUUUCAAGCAUAUAUUUUCAGUGGGUUUAAGGCCCAAUUUGAGCACUCUGGCUAGUAUAAUUCCAGUUUGCACUCGUUCAGGAUGUUUGGAUAUUGGAAGAUCUCUCCAUGGCUUUGCUGUAAAGUCUGGACAUCUUGUGAAUAAUUUUCUGGUGCCUGCUUUAAUUUCAAUGUAUGCCAGUGAUAUGCAUUUAUCUGCUGCUAGAAACUUAUUCAAUUCUGUGAUGGAUAAGAAUGUAGCUGUUUGCAAUGCUAUUAUUUCAGCCUAUGUACAAAAGCAGAUGCCUGUUGAAGCGUUUGAGAUAUUUCGAGAAAUGCACCAUUCAAAUGUGCAGCCUAAUUCAGUCACCUUUGUGUCCAUUAUUCCUUCUUGUGAGGUUGUCAAUAGUGUUUGGCUUUCUGAAUUUUUUCAUGCUUGUGUUCUAAAACAUGGCUCAGAAAAUCAUGUUUCUGUGUUAACAGCCCUUGUGUCCAUGUAUGCCAAGCUUGGAGAUAUCAAUAAAGCCAAAUUUAUUUUUGAGAGGAUUCCUAAUAGAAACAUCUUAUCAUGGAAUGCGAUGGUUUCAGGAUAUGUGCACAAUGGGCUGUGGGAUGCCAGUUUGGAAACCUUUUGUGAAAUGCAAUUGUGUGGAUUUAUUCCAGAUGCAGUGUCUAUAGUUAGCAUACUUUCUGCCUGCUCCAAACUAGAGGCCAUUUUGCUUGGAAAAUCUGCCCACGCAUAUAGCUUUAGAAAGGGAAUCAACUCAAACCUAAACGUGGCAAAUGCACUCCUGGCAUUUUACUCUGAUUGUAAUCAGCUUGCCUAUCCUGUUAAGUUGUUUCUCAAGAUGGAUAGUUGGGAUUCUGUGUCAUGGAACACUAUAAUAUCUGGGUGUGUACACGGUGGGGAAUUUAAAAAGGCAGCUGAUUUUCUUCAUCAGCUGCAGAGAAAGGGCUUGGCUAUGGAUUUAGUCACCCUUAUAAGCAUUCUCCCUAUAUAUUGCGACUCUGAAAAUUUGGGUCAAGGGAUGACGCUUCAUGGUUAUGCCAUUAAAAAUGGGUUUGCCUCUGACGUUUCUUUAGUAAAUGCAUUUAUUAGCAUGUAUUGUAAGUGUGGGGAUCCAGAUGCAGGAAGAUUAAUUUUUGAAAAUAUGUCCAAAAGGUGUGUCGUGUCCUGGAAUGCCCUAAUUGGUGGCAUUCGACAUUACAAUCUCAAGAAUGAGGUUUUGAUCUUGUUUAGACGAAUGAUAAUGGAGGGUAAGAGACCAAAUUGUGUAACAUUGAUAAAUUUAUUGCCUGUAUGCUGCAGCCAACUGCAAGGUAAGUCUAUUCAUGCUUUUGCUAUCAGAACGGGAAUUUUACAAGAAACUCAUCUCCUUACUUCCCUGAUAUCCAUGUAUGCUAGGUUUUUGAAUGCCAAUUUAUCUCUUUUAAUAUUUGAAAUGAAUGAAAAAAGAGACGUAUCUUUGUGGAAUGCCAUUUUUUCUGGGCUUAUCCAAACAAAGUGUCCAGAAAAAGCAAUUGCCUUGUUCCGAGAUUUGCUUCUAGUGGGCUUGCAACCUGACCAUAUCACAGUGCUUAGUUUAAUUUCAGCAUUUUCUCAAUUAAAUAGUCUGAGACUUGCUCAUUCUGUAAUGGCGUAUGUGAUACACAAAGGAUUUGACAAAGAUGUGGUUAUCAGCAAUGCCCUUAUAGAUUUAUAUGCAAGGUGUGGAAACAUUUUAGCUGCUAGAAAGAUAUUUGAGGGCAUGCCGGAAAAGGAUGCUGUCUCUUGGAGUGUGAUGAUUAAUGGGUUUGGUCUACAUGGGAAUGGUCAAGCUGCCCUUGAACUUUUCUCCCAGAUGCAAUUUUCAGGGGUAAGACCAGAUGAUUUUACUUAUUCAAGUAUUUUAUCAGCUUGCAGUCAUGCUGGGUUAGUUGAGCAAGGUUGGAUGGUCUUCAACUCCAUGGUAGAACAGGGAAUGUCACCCAAGAUCGAGCAUUUUGCCUGCAUGGUGGACCUACUUAGUAGAACAGGUAACCUGAAAGAGGCUUAUGGCAUAGUUCAAAAGCUGCCGUGUAAACCUUCAAUUAGCCUACUGGAAUCCCUGUUGGGUGCUUGUAAAAUCCAUGGGGAGGUUGAAGUUGGGGAGAAAAUCAGUGGCAUGCUCUUCGAGAUGGACCCAGAAAAUUCAGAAACAUAUGUGAUGCUUUCUAAUAUAUAUGCAGCAGCUGGACGGUGGAUAGAUGCCGAUAGAGUAAGGUGUAGUAUGGAAGCAAGACAAUUGAGAAAGGCGGCUGGUUUUAGUUUCCAAACUGUGGAAUGAAAAGAUUAUAGACAACGGAGGGCUUUCAUGUGGCAGCCUGAGACUGAUCGAUCAAGACAGAGAUUCUCAAUGUGAAGAAUUGGCGGUCAAAGAAAUUCAGGUGUGGAACGGAUCGCUAAAGGCAGCAGUUCGAGAACAAUAAGGACAGAGUGUCGAUGUCAUUGGAAACUGGCAAGAAGCCGACAUGUGGCAGUUCCAAAAUGACUGAGUGCACUUUUUCCCCUCGGUUGCUGAGAAGGCCAUAGCCUCUGGCUGUCUGUUGACAGCUGUAUCGGUAAUGUCGCGCCUCUUCAAGUUUUUUUGGCUUGGCUCUUCAAGCGUUCAAACGGAUAAAAUAUCUUCUUCUUUUUUUUUUUUGUUUUUUUGUUUUUUUUUGUUGGCCUGUCUCCUCAAUAGUUCAAACGGAUAAAAUAUCUUUAUCUGUAGAGUUGUUCAAUUUUCUUGACUCGGUCAGCGCUGCCUAUUCCGUACCAUUAAUAACUAAUCAUUAUCGGGCGGGUGGCGCGCCGCUCUCACAAGUUAAUACCAAUUAAGCCAAUUAAACUGAUUUAA